AUGCUACUUGACAGAUUUCCAAGGUUCCAUACUAAAAAUAAACGUAAGGAGCAAUUAGAGCUCCAGGUUGAUGGUAAUAAUAAUACUGAGGUAGGAAUGGAAUCUGGUAUUGAUAGUUAUGAAGUUUUACAACAACCACAGCCUUUGAUGUUUAACAGUGGUGUUGAUGAGAAAAUGAUGGAUAAUGAUGACGAUGUUAUUUCUAUGGAUCCGUUUGUAAGAACCCCGAUUUCCACACCAAUGGAUACGCAACCUCAAUUUAAUGGUUCUGGUUUGGGUGGUCCCACUGGAGUAGGACAGCCACAACCGCCUUUCCCACCAUAUUUAAGAACGAGAGGGAGACAGAAUACGACGAGUUCGUUAUCAAGUUCGAUUUCAGAUUUCCACGCUGGUGCUAAUAGUGGUAGUGGUUGGAAUUCAGUAUCGUCGCAUUCAGGUGUGAGUGGGUCAGGUAGUUUUACACCGCAAUUCUUAGCACUGAUGUUGGAAGUCUAUCAAAAUGUUUGUUCAGACCCUACUGUAACACCAUUUGAUAGUAAUAAUCCACCAUCCGGUAUAUUAGACCGUGUUGCUAAAAUAGCAGUUGAAGAAUCUGAGAAUAAAGGUGUAGAAAUUGGUUACGAGAGGAAUAGCUGGCUGCUAACGCUCAUAAGGCAUAGACUGUUAGAAGAAGUUCAUAAGGAUUCUUAUUUGUCACGUAGUGGAUCUGCUGUUUCAAUACCACAGCUACCACCACAUUGGAUGGAUAGUGCUGCACCUUUUGAAGCUCCAUCACGACCUGAUGGUUUACGAAGACAACCAAGUCAAGAUUACUUUAAUGGUUGGAAUUUUACAUCUGCAAGGCCAGGUAGUAAUGGCGGUGGGAAUCUGAUACGGACAAGGUCGAAUUCUUCACAACUGUUGUUAAAUCAACCUGGACUGGUACGUACGAGAUCUGAUACAAAUAAUAGCGGUAUGUGUGGUUUAACACCAACUAACAGUGAAACGAAUUUGUCAUCAUCUGGAUUUGGUGGUGUUCUUAAUGGAUUUCCUACUAGACAACGUAGCAUUGGAUUAGGUGGCCCCCAAGUUUGUAACGGUAUGAAUUCCCCUAUAAAUCCACCACCAAUGGCAAGUAUGGAAGAUCCUGGUAUUACUCUGAGAAGAAAAAGGGAAUCGCUUAGAUUUAAAAGAUAA